GCAAGUCAUAGGUGUAAACAUACAGCUGUCUGAGGAUCAACUGAAUCAAGUCUGGCGUUGUUGACUCGGCUCCGUCUAGCGGUGAGAGAACGCGUUGCUCAAAUGCUCAGUUCGUCCUCAACUUCCGACGAGUGGAUAUGUACGUUACCGCUGAAUUCGAAAAACGUGGAUGUUUGGGUCGCUAGUCGUAAAAUUUAUACAUAUUUCGUUCUACGUUACGCGCGAAUUGGAUUUUGGAUUGUUUAUUAUUGUUUGCGGAAGUGAUUCUGUGUUUUCGUUUGGAUUAUUUUGAUUUGUUUGAAAAAGAAAAAUAUAUUUUUUGUUGUGUAUUGUGUAUGUGUGUAAAGUGAUGAAGAUGACAGCUUAGUAGUCAAUUUUCAUAAAUGGAUUCGAAGUAACGGCGGCGCAAGGUCUUAUGGCAAGACCUGCAGAUUACGAGGAUCCUCCAUCAGAUAACAUGUGGAGCAUGGACGCCACCACCGGCGCGGAUUGCGAUUGUCCGGGACCGCCACCGGAAUUUUUACUACCUCCACCGCCUCGACCGCCUAUCAUACAACCAGCAGAUCCUACUUACUGCUCCGAAGAUCCGUUACCGAUAGAAACCUGCGACGCUUUACCGUUAAUCGACGCUAGUUAUAGAAGUAGUCCUUCUCUCCAGACAUCGGCUGUGAUAGUUUUAUGUUCCGUACUUCUUGGACUUCUUGUAUUUAUAGCAGUUAUAUUAAUUUGGAAACACAAAAGGAAAGUACAAAAUUUUCUCCCUUGUAAAAAUUCCCCUAGAAAUAACUGUGAUGUGAACGCGGCUGCCGGUAUCUACGAGGAUCUUCACGAUGUUAUACCGAGGCCUACACCCACCCACCACCAUCAUCCCCAACUAGCAGGAAGACAUAUCGUCGCCCCAUCGAUAGAGAUGAUCGACGUUAAAAAUAAUAUUCACUAUCCUAGCGGCUAUCCCAUAUCACAACACCCGCCGGUUUUUUUAUGUUCUUCACCAGGACCUGAUCCGUAUUGUUCGCAGGACAUAUAUAAUCCAGUAUACGAAGAAUUGAGUGAUCCGGAAAGUGAAUUAACACCAGCCCCUCACAGCGAAGACGAAUUCGCCGAGGACGAAUUAUCCCUUGCUGGCGAAAUGGAACGAAGAAGACUUGAUAUACCCCCGCCGCCAUAUCGACCCGAAACGUGUAUACGUCGAGAUAUACCAAGAUUUCGACGUCCACACGAACCUCUCCCGCCCGUACCGGGUAAUAAACGUCACAGAAGUCUCGAUAGACGACGUCAAGAAUUCCACGAAGGUAUGUUGUUAGACGCUCUACUUCAACUCUAUCCCAGAGUAGGAAGUGUCGAACAUCCUCCGACUCGAGGACGACAAAUACCCAGUAUAACUCAAAGGAUACAGUGUAUGACGCCCGGUCCUUACGAAACGGUGCCGGUGAUUGGACAUUUAGCCACGUUCAGACCCGUUCCGAAACCUUAUUCGCAAGAUUCCGCUUUAGGUUCGGAUUCGGGUUAUAGCAAUCAUACGAGUAUCAGAAGUUCGAAUAGGGGUAGAAGGGAUCCGAGGCGUUUAUCGCAACUAAGCGCCGAAUUAGCUUUGACUUAAUAAGGGGUUUGUAUCGGUUUUGCGAUCGACAAUGGCAAUUUUAAUAUAGUGCAAUUAUUUCCUAUACAUUUUGUUAUUUCGCCAUUUGAUGCCAUUUCUUUCUGUUUGGGUUGUCUUACACACACACACACACACACACACACACACACACACACACACACACACACACACACACACACAUCUUUAUACAGUACGUCCUCAAAUAAAUGCGUAAUUAAAUUGAUAUUUAAAAUUCCCGAAACAAUUUUUUUUUCCUAUAAAUUCUGCUGUAAAAGUCACUGCCAUAUUUAACUGUAACUAUUCGCCAUUAUUUUAACCCUACUUGCCACAAUAGUGAGUAAAAGCAAGGGUAACAUUGAGCUUCAGCUAAUAUAUUGAGUUUUGCAAAAUUAGUACUAACACCUGUACCUCAAGUAACAUUUUUGUAAUCAACACAAGAGAAAUCUGUAAAAAAAUGUGGUAACUUCACAAUACGAAAGUAUUUCACCCUGUACAUUAAAUUAUAGGUAAAAAAAACAUUUGUUUCGAGAAUUUCCGAUAUUUUUUAUUUGAAAUAACAUUAUAGAUGAAUAAAUAAUAUAAUAUAAUUAAACAGGAUUAAUAUAAAAUAACAAAAACAAUUUUAAAAAAUAUUAUAUUAUGUGUCUUCUUUUUUUAUCGUUUGCUGUCAAAAUCUUGUUUUUUAUUAUAUUAUCAGAAAUACCUACUGGCUAGGCAACCAGCAUUCCACGUUUUAUUACUAAUUCAAAUAAUUCCACUAUUAGAAACAUCAUGUCGUAUUACCGUAUGAAAUUAUAGUUUACCAAAGUGUAUAAAUCGUUAUUUUAUUAUUUUCAAAUCUGAAUAUUAUGAUUAAUAUACAAUAAUUAUCAAUUUAUAUAUCAAUAAAUUGUUUGCUUAAUUAUUCCAUACCAUAUCUGCAAAAAUGUGGGUAAUAGAAGAAAUAGAGGAUCUAGCACGUUACAAGUUUUAUCAUUAUAUAUUUUCAUUCAAAAUAUACGUUUAUCUACUAGCAGUAAACCAUAUAAAUAUAAAGCAACAUUCCAUUUGAAAUAUCGAACCGAAUUCUCCUAUAUUUUCUGUGUUUAACAAUAAGCGUUUAACAAAUAUCAGGGUAUUCAUAUAUUCAAAGAAAUAAUCUUUAUCGUCUUUAUAUUUUACAAUUGAAAAUGGAAAUUUGAAAUAUUUAAGAUAUAAAACCUUUUUUAGCGAAGAGCAGUGGCAGUAUGAACACUCACACACACAAAUAUUGAAUAAAAUUGUUUCAUGACUACCCUGAUAUUUUUCAAUAAGUCAUUUCGUGUAACAUGAAACGUCGGCCAUAUUGCCGAGACAAUAUGGCGGCUGGUUGUGACGUCAUCCUGAAAUGACCUUUAGUAAAACUUUUGUAGAAACUUGUAAAUAGUUUAUGUAUAUUUCGGGACACUUUUGGCCAACCAAAAUUUUCUAGAAUCCAAUUAAAAAUUUUUAUAUCAUCUCUCCUAAAAACUGUAUCAUAUUGUAAAUUAUGUUUAUAGACUAUUUUUUAUUUAUUAUUGUAUAUAAUAUAUAUAUAUAUAUAUAUAUAUA